CGCGUCGUGUUUUUAUUUUAUAUUAUCCGCCGUCUCCAGCAGUCGACCAGAGGAGAGGAGAGUCGACCAGACCCGGCCCGGCGGAAGAGAGAGAGAGAGAGAGAGAGAGAGAGGAGGAGGAGAGGAGAGGGCGCGCGCUAUGUCAGGGGAGCGGCUGUGUGCUACCGAUGCGUUGAUGGUUGGUGUAUGCCUAAACGCGGGUGCGAAUCGGUCCGGCGGGGGCUCUGCCUGUGAUGCUGGUUCAAGGUUCACCACCAAAGCCAUGGGAGCGUUCUGGAGCUGAGGGCACAUCGGGUCCAGCACCUUUCAAGCCCCCAUCCGGGGGCAGCACUAGUGAUGUCGUCGAAGCUUCUGGUACAGCUAAACCAGGAGAAAAUAUUACUGCAACAGAGAGGAAUGUCUCUAACAAUGUAAAUGGCGCCGUCUCGAGGCCUAUGCCACAACGGCCUUGGCAGCAGACAGGCUAUGGAAAUACCCAUGGAGGAUACGGUGGAUCCAAUAUGUAUAGUUCAUAUGGUGGAGUGGGCAACACUUAUGGUGGUGGUGGGCUCUACGGAAAUAGCAUGUACUCAGGUUACGGAGGAGGUUAUGGUGGUGGCCUUUACGGAGGUUCUGGGAUGUAUGGUGGAGCCGGAGGCAUGUACGGUGGUGGGAUGGGAGGAUAUGGUGGUUAUGGAAUGGGUGGAAUGGGCGGAAUGGGUGGUAUGAGUGGUAUGGGCAUGGGUCCUUAUGGUAAUCCAGAUCCAAAUUCACUUGGGCCUCCUGCAUCACCACCAGGUUUCUGGGUGUCCUUCCUACGAGUGAUGCAUGGUGUCGUCAAUUUCUUUGGGCGUAUCUCUUUCCUUGUUGAACAGAACACUCAAGCAUCCUAUUUUUUCAUGACAGCUAUGUUGCAGCUCUUCGAUCGGUCUGGUAUGCUUUAUGGCGAGCUUGCACGGUUUGUGUUGCGCCUUCUAGGAGUCCGAAGAAAGCCAAAGAAGGGCAGUGUUCAGGGACCAGAGGCCCCGACAUUUGAGGGACCUAGCCAACAGUUUAUUGAGGCGCCGAAAGCAAACAACAACUGGGACAACGUUUGGGGAAACUAAGAUGCCUAUGUGUGCAGUGAGAUUUAUCUGACGGAAACAUAAAAGUUCAAGAAGCAAAGGACUACUGGAGUUUGCCUGCCUGUUGAAUCAGAAAGAAGAGUACCUGUUGCGGGAAUCGUGAUGUCUUUACCUGUGGCCCCAUCUGCAACCGUAAGCCUGAUGAAGGAUGGUUUGCAAGUGCACUGAUAUUUAAGUAGUGUUGUCAUAUCUGUGGGUAUUGCAUGUAUAUCUCUCUGGUACUUGCUGCGAAAAGAGUACAGCAAAAUGUAUUUUGUACCUCAUCCAUCUUAGCUUUGAGUUGAUCUUAGCUAGAGUUACCUUUGGUUUGGAUACUGCACUUCCUGAGGAUAGCCAUGCAAAUGUUUUCUGUUGUAAUAGUUUCACUUGUAAACGUGCUUGCCCACUGAACUGUCAGAACAGCGAGAAUACUAUAACUGUUUCUCCUGC